AUGGAGAUUGAAUUCAACAAUUUGGACAAUUCCUUCAGGAACCUGAGCUGCGAUCACAAUUACGUGCCCUCUGCGAUAGAGAACAUAGAAAGUUUAAAUGUGUUUGGUAUAGGUUUAUUGAGCUUUGGUACCAUACUCUCCACUUUGACGCUAUACUUCGCCAUGGAUGCUUUCCACAAUAUUUUCUACCAAAAGGAAACAAGAUCCUACAAAACGAACAGUAUCAUGAUCCUCUCAGUGUAUCCUAUAGCAAGUGUCUGUAGUCUUACAGCUCUUGGAAUGCCAAGGACUCAGUUGCUAUCGGAAGCUGUAACUCAAAUCUUUUUAACGAUAGCCCUGUAUCGACUGUAUCUGUUACUGGUCUACAUAGGACGUAAAAAGGUCACAAAGACACCAUCAUUAAUAUUACGAGUUGGUCCCUGUUGCUGCUGGCCCUGUCUGCCCUUUCCAAAUCUUGAGAUGACCGACGCUAAUUUGUCCUGGCUCCGACUACUAGUCCUGCAACUUCCUAUUAUUCAGGGAAUGAUUUAUUGCAUAUCUCUCUUUAUGUCGAUCGAAGAGCCUACUCUCGCAACGCAAUAUGGGAUUUAUCUCCAGCCAUUCACAGUGAUCAGCAUAUUUCUGGGAAUAUACGGACUGACUGUUACCAUGAAGAGUCUGCAGGAAGUCGCUCCAGAGGCGAAACUACACCGCAAGACCACAGUAUCCCAGAUGGUUCUGCUAUUUUCAAAGCUACAAGCGUUCAUCGUGAAGAGCUUGCCGCAAACAGGCCUAUUUCCUUGCAAUCCACCAAUUACGCCACAAAUUUACGCCAAUGUUACCUACAAUGCCUUGAUGCUAAUCGAGAUGCUGUUGCUCUGCUACGCGGCAAGGUACGUUUAUUACGUCGAUCUGGAAAGGGAAGAAGAAACGACGGCGGUUGAGGCGACAGAUCGGUCCAAAGACAAGAGCAUGGAACAAGCGAACUCGACGAAUAAUAACGAGGCCAACAGGCAGCCAUCAGCGUUGACUGCGUGAGAUUUCCUUCUCGAUAUCAGCGACUUUACGAAUUUCGUCUGUGUCAUUUUUACCUACAAACUGAUAUUUCGUUGUUUGUAUUUGCUCAGCCAUUUGUUCAUUAAUUUCGAUCGCUUACUCAUGCCACGGAUAUAUUUGAUAAUUAGAUUCUAUUUGAAACAAAUCGUGAUAAAAUAUUAGUAUAUAUUGUUCCGAAUCUGAAAGUAUAAUUAGGAUUUAUGUAACGUGUGAAUGAGAUUAGAUUUACAAUGAUAAUAGUACCUGCGUGAAUAAGUGACUUGUUACAAAAGAUACUGAUUAGUAAAUAGCGUAAGAUUCUUUUUUACCUAUAAACAUCAAUUAUCCUAGAAGAGUUAUCAAACUGCGUACUCCAUUUAUUGGUAAUUGAUAUAGCUAGUAAUAGGAGCAUAGGUAUUCGACUAUUUAGAUUUGUUUAUGGGCGCUUAAAUUCGAUUGCGCAAAAUGUAUGACGCGUAAUAACCGCGUUCACGAAGAAAUAGUAUAAUUUUCAAAGAGAAAGUUGGUCCGGGCUAGUAAUCCAUCUUACACAACGGGACUUUUGCAAGUUGUAUCGUAAAUACUUGACGUUUCGAGAGUCAUCUACGUUAGGAAUCUUAGGUACCGUAUCAGUAAAGAAAUAAUACGUUGUAAAAAAACAGAGAAAAAUUCAUGAUCAAGUUACCAGAAGCAGAGUCCCGAAUCUUGUCCAAAAUAGAAGGAACGUCUUGAGCCGUGUUGCGAUUUCUUCAUCACAGCGCCUUCUUAACGAGGCCUACCGCAGUCUCUACACAUACGUAUCGAUGUCUCUAUCGCGGAAGAAACAGGAGCUGUCGGCCAAAAUAUGAGAUCAACCAUACAUCGCCGUGUGCGUAAAUUCAACAACCGUCGCUACGCAUUAUCACGUCCUACGGACGGCUGACAGAUCUCAGGGGAUGCUCGACCAAAUGACUUGCAGCCUGCACUCACUUACGAAACGAGGUUGAAGGGUACUCGAGCGCUUUCUGGAGAGAGAAGAAGCACUUCGAUGUUCUAACGCGAUAUUCUCCAAGAAAGAAAUCGUUUAAGAAAAUGUGUGUCGCUCCAUUGAAACGAGACGCUAAAAGAACUUUCUGUGAUACAUAAUUAUCGUCAUGUGGGUAGUCAGCUUAAAAUAAGUGGUCAGGGCCUAUACUUUUUAGUUUUAAAGCUAUGUAUUCAAAGAAUUCGAAUACAGGUUUUUUAUUAGCCCGAUGAAAGACAAGCAAUCGUUGCACCCCUGCUGACAAACUCCUCUUCUAUGAGAGACGAAACGUAACGUCUUCUAGACCCAGACGUUAUAUCAAAGAAUCAAUUUUCAGAGUAAGUAGAUGCUCUUUCCUAUAGCCGAACAAAGGCAAACCUUUUUCGAAGUUUCAUUUUCACUUCAAUACGUUCCUCUUGAUCCUGUUUAUAAAUAAUUUAUUGUUCGCAGAGUGGGCUACGUAGAAUAUUGACACACGUGCAGCUGCAUGAAAUUCCUUCUAAAGAAGCAAAGGACUACGGUAGCUGGAGAGAUAGAACCAUGUUAAGUAAAAAAAUCAACAUUAAGAACUCCGGGUCACGCAUGAUGGGACUUCCUAUUCAGAACGUGCAUGCUGCCAAUGCUUCUCUAUUAUAUAUUCUAGAAAAGUAUGUUUUAUCGUAGCUCUCGAAUUGGAGAAUGUCGCUAAUUGAAUGCAUUUGGUUCUAUUUUGUGCUAGUUCGUUUACUUUUUAACUUAUUUUGUUUAUAUUUUAGAUUUGUGUAAUUUACAUAACAUUUCGUAAUUUUUCCAAAAUAUGGAAUAAUUUCGAAACACUAUUGAAAUAAAGAGACAAUGUACGAAAUA